AUGCCUCCGCCGCCGCCGCCUGGGCCGCCACCUCCUCCAGGGCCACCGCCUCCGCCGGCCCUGAAGCUUGGUGGCGGUGCACCACCGUCGGCCGAUGGGCGGAACGCUCUGCUCCUUUCGAUCCAGAAGGGUACCAAGCUCAAAAAGACGGUCACGGUGGACAAAAGUGCACCGGCCAUACAAGGCAAGGUUGCCUCGGAUGGAGCAGUGACGAGGGCAAACAAUCGUGCUCCCGGUCGGCCAUCGGGAGAUGAUAGUGCAGCGGCACCAACAACCGGACCAGCCAGUGCUGGACAACCGAAGCUGGGCGGGCUGUUCGAGGGGUUGGCAUCGAUGCCGAAACUAAAGCCGGUCGGUAGUAGAACGGCCACCGGAACAGGAAACGCUUCUUCGGUAGGAUUACAGCAAAACAAAACACCCUCGCCGGACGCUUCGAAAGGUUCGCCGAUUAACAAUGGCCGGGUUGGGAAUGGUGGCGGUUCCGCAGCGCCACUUGACUUCUCCGACGAGCUCGCGCAAAAGUUAACGCUCAAAAAACAAAAACACCAGCAGCAGGGCAGCAAUAGCAGUAAUAGCAGUUACAGUAGUAACACCAGCGGUAACGCUACCACGGCCAUGAUGAACCCUCCCGCAGCGGUGCCGAACGAAGCGAAUCUGCGGCUGAACCGAGGACCACCACCGCAACCACCAACAUCGAUCCAACGGCCUUCCGGAGAUAAAGACACCGCAUCGUCAAAGACGGCUGCAGCCUCCAGUCAAAAAAGCCAAGCACCUGCAACACCGAACCACCAGAACCACCACAUCAAGCUGCCGGCAUUCAACAAACCGUCGGCAACGAACGGACCGAUGUCCACCAUCAACAGCGGCAGUACCGUUGCCUCUGCCCACACUAGUCCCACAAUAAAUGCAACCGGCGGCGCACCGAUCCCGAAUCGAUCUGCCCUCUUUGGUGGUAAUACGACGACGGUCCCGGCGCCGGCCCAUGCCAUAGGUAAUGGUAGUGUACCAACGGUGACAACGAAACCGGUACCAAAUUAUGGCAAACCAAAUCUAGCACCGAAACCUCCCUGUAUGCAACUGGGUGGGACGGCCGGAGAUGGCGGAAGUACGGCACGACCAACCGUGAGUCGACAUCAGAGCAUGCGAAGUCCAAGGUCUCCACCGGUUUCGCAAACGGCACCAGUCUUUCCUGCCAACCAUUUCGGUACGAUGCGCGGACCACCCUCUGCCAUGUUCCAGUCGUCGGAAUCGAUUGUACGACCAAUGCGGGAAGUAACGGGUCGUCCAUCCGCACCACCGCCAAAGCCACCAACGAUGAAACCGCCUCCACCGCCUCCGGUGCGGAGUGUCAGCAAUACGAACCUAACGCACCUGCCACCAUCGCUCAGCUUGGCACCAUCGUCACACGACACUACUGGGACCAGUUCACCUGCGACCGAACCGACCUCGUUCGGUUCGGUGAACAACGUGUCAUCGCUUACGCUGGCCGAUGAGCUGCGGGCAAAGGUAUCGAACGCCAAUCUGUCAGUGAGUGGAUCAUCCGCAAAUUCCAUUUCUACCGGCAACUUAAGCGUUCUUGGCGGUGGAACCACUUUGACGAAAGGGGGCAGUUUAAAAACGACGGCAGCACCGCCGUUACCUCCCCAUCGAACAAGCCCAGCGCCACCGCCACCGGUUGCGGUAACAUCUGUACUGAACUUGAGCGAGGCGCCAGUACCCCCACAACGAAUUUCGUCAAUCCGCAAUUCAACCGGGAGCGGUAGCUUACCGGCCGUAGCCUCUGUCACUAGUAGCAGUAACAACAGUAGUCACAAUCAGAGUCAUUAUAGUCAAAGCAGCACCGUCAUCAUCACGAGCACCACGUCAACGGGUGGUAGUCUACACCGUAAGGACACAUCGCUAACGUCGGUCAGCAGCAGUUCAUCGACGGUGACGACAGGUGCGUCGACCGGUGGUACCAUAACUAAGAUGCCGUUGCCGGAGAUAGACCUCGAGUCGAAGUAUGCGUUCUACUUCCACAAGGUGACGGAGUUUCCGCAACCGAUACCGUUCCUCAAUGUGCCGAAAGUCUAUCAAAGCGAACUGCGCCAGCAACAGCAGUCCGCACAAGGUGCACAGCAGCAACCGCAUCGGCAAUAA